GGCUGGGAAACGGGCUCGGUGCGCCAGCCUGCACAGGGAGGGGAGCGGAGCGGAGCGGGGCACGCGCGACCCCGCGCUGAGUCCGUUGUUGCAGUGCCUGGCUGCGCUCCCGCAGGAUCACAAUGGAUAUUACAAGGGGAAACUUGGAUGAAAUUUCAAGGCCUGCAUCUAGCUCAAGAGCGCAUCCUGUAAGCAGAGCUUUAAGUGCAUCUUUGGAGGUUCUAACACCAGAGCCAUGCUUAUCAAAGGUUUCUUCACCAGUUGAUCAUAAAGAAGACAAUUCACGAAACAGCAGUGUAGAGGAAGACAAAGAUGAUGAUAGCGAGAAGCAUGAAAUGAAGAAAAUGAAAAUAUCGCCACAUACUUCUGAGGGGGAAAUUAACUGCAUUUUCCAGCAGCAGAUACAAAAUGCUAAUGAGCGUCCAGCAAAUUCUACCAAUCUAGAAAAUACUGAAGAGAAGGAUAUAGAUCCUCGGAUUCAAGAAGCGAUGAAGAAGAUGAAUAAAUUGGACAAGAUACUGGCAAAGAAACAAUCUAGAGAAAGAGAAAUUAAAAAACAAGGCAGAGAAGUGAGGGCAAAACUUUGGGAAGAACUUCAGUCUGUAACCUCACUAAGUGCUUCAGGAACUCAAGAGGAGAUAGAAAAUACAAACAAAUUUUUAGCUUUGACCUCCUCAUUGCAGGAAACCAUUGAUCCUUCCCAUUCUGAAGAAAAUGAAAUAUUUAUUUCAGUAUUUCACACACAAAUUAAUUCAGAAGAUUACGACCGCAAUGAAAAGCAAGCUGUACAGGACCAUCUAAAUGAAACUGAAACAAGUGGCUCACUGAAAAUAACAGGAAAAUCACAUCAUAAAAGUGACACCAGAAGUAAAAAUACUCAAGAUUUUAUUAAAAAGAACAUCGAGCUGGCAAAGGAUUCAGGGAGCCAACUGGUUAUGCUACCGGAAGAGAAGAAAAGAUUGGUUGAACUGUUGAAAGAUAUAGAAGACAAUGGCAGUGAACUUCAAGGCAUUGAGGAAGAUGUGUCUGGUUGGCUAAUACCAGGAGAAGGGUACACACCUGAACCAAUGGAAUAUCAUCACCUAAAUGAAAUAGAUGCUAAACUCCAAGUAGUACUCUCUAAUGGAGAUCUCUCUGCAAGUCACAGCUCCUGCUCAAAAGUCCCAAGCCAAAUUUAUCAGGCAUCUCUGGCUUAUGCAAAUAGAAGUUUGGAAGCAGUUCCAGGUGAGAAGGCCCUGCGAGACACACAUGAGCAACGUGAGCAACAAAACCGACUUAAAGAGAUUAAUCAACAGCUGAAAAAUCUGGAGGGAAAUCUUCCUGAAGAACUACCUUGUCUCUCUGAAGAGCAGCUGGUGACUCUUCUGGAAGAAUGUAUGCAGUUCCCAAGAACAAUAAGCAAUGUUACCGUGCCAGAAUUACAGGAAUCUCUUUCUGAUGGAAUAAGUCCCUCUUGUUACGCAACUCAGGACUCCACCCUGCUCUCCAGGUCUACCCUAUCCAAACUGUUAGAUGAAGCCCGUAGUGUGGGAAUGUUAACAGCUCAGGAGAGGGCUGGUAUUGAAGAUAAAAGUAUAUGUGAAAGUGCAGAGAGUGAAACCUGUGGCUACUAUCUCAGUAAAGCUUUGGCCAUUAGUCAUUCAUCAAAUCAUGAUUCUGUGGCCCAAAUAGAAGAACCUGAUGACCUAGAAAGUUCACAGGAGAUGGAGAAUAAGAAUAAUACUGAAGGUUACUUUAUGUCAAGAGCACUCAGUGCAAAAAGAUUGAAAAAACCCUCUUUCUUGGAUGAACUAUUUUAUUGCAUCAGCAUGAACAAUGAGCUAUCCACAGAAGCUGACAUUCCCAGCAUACCAUUGCAGACCAGAGGAGAUGAUUUGAAGAUUGAAGAUGUGGCAGCAGAGUAAUAUACAUACUCCAACUUACAGUCAUUUUUAUAAAACAUUGGUAAACUACACUUCAGUGUUUUUCAUUAGUACACGAUCAUUUCAGACUUUGAAUACAGUGCAAUCGUCAUGCAUAUAUACACUGCGUACCAUAAUUAUUACUGUGAAAUAGUUUCUUCUUACAGAGAAAGUUAUUAUUGUCAUGCAUUGCAGUUUGAGUUCUAAAGGAAAAAUAUUCCACUUGAGUUUCUGGUGAAUAUUUUACAUAAUUACAUAUUUUACAUAUUGUUCAGUGUUUUACCAGCAAUGUACGUUUUUUCAACAUACAGUAGUAGAUAUAAUCACAAAGUUGUAUUGAAUUCAGUAAAAUUGAGUAUGAACUUUGUAAAAAUAUGACAUGUCAAUUCUAAUAAUCUAUUUUUUCUUUUUUUGCAUACACUUUACUGUUUUGAAGAAAAAUGGCUAAAAUCUGACUGCAUCUGUUCCUGUCUGCAGUGGAGUUGUUUGUGAUACAGACUGGAUUCUGUAAAGUGGUGAGCACUCUGUCCCUGAGUCAACAAAGUGCAUAAUCAUUUGCUUAUUUUUAAAUGAACAAUAAUUGACAUCAACAGGACUACUCCUAUGCAUAUAGUUAAGUAUGUGCAUAAGUACUUUGCUAGAGUGCUCAUCACUUUGCAGGAUUAAGCAAUAGGUGAAGAUAAGAAUUUAAUCAUGUGGCAAGUAGCCUUAGGUUCUAGCUGAAGUACAGUGGUUUCCCCAAGAAUUGAAAUUAGGGGGGGGGUGUUUGAAUUUACGGGGGGUCGAUGUCAGGGCUGAUGAGGGGUGAGACUGUGAGGUUGAAGGUGGGCUAUAUGGCAUCAUAGUAAAAACUGAAAAAUGUUUCAUGACCAUUUUAUUAGAUUUAACUCAUGUUUUUAAAUCAUCACACAAAUUAAAGUUAGCUACUCAAGCCUUCUAUGAAGCACUACGUCUACAUCCUUCUUGGUUUCUUGUUAUAAUUUUGCACAACUCUGUUAAUGAACUUCUUGAAUGCAAUGCGUUCAUCUUUGGUGGCUUCUCUUGUGUCCGGUACUUCCAUUCCUUCAAUUGAUAUGCUCAUUAGUUCAUUCACAUGAUCAGGCAGAAGGCGACUUCUUUCAGAACACAAAAUUCUAUUCAAUGAUGAAAAAGAACGCUCAACUGUAGCUGUUGUGACUGCGAGUAGCAAGAGAUGAAUUCCUACUUCUUUCAUCCCAGGAAACAGAUCACAAAGAUUGGGUUGAGCCACUAGUGAUGAUAAAAAAGUUGAAGUCAAAUCAUUCAUUCGUCGUAUGAUAUUCCACUCUGUGUUCAAAUUCUCUAUUCUGUCCUGAUCACAUGGCAGCCUCACUCCACUCAACGGUUGGUGUUUUAUAGGACAGGCAUCUGUAAACGCUACAUAGAGGUUGAGUAGAAUCUAGAAGUCACUGUUGUAGAUUUUUAAGAAUCAAGUCUGCCGCCUUUUCACGUAGUUUGUCAGCAUUGGCUUUGCUGAUCAGUUUGACAAACCAAGCUCCUCCACUUUUACCAAUUAUAGCAUUGGGAAGCUUUCCUUCUUCGUAAGCUUUUUUGCAAGAGGUGCACCAGUAGCCAUCUUUUGUAACUUCAGUAAAUGGGAACACUUUGACCGACAAACAUCGGAAACUGUCUUUAGGUUUUGGAGACACUAUUUCUUCAGUAGGUAGCUGUAUUUGUGCUUCAGGCUGGUCAGAUGUAGAUAUACCACUUAAACCUUCAGAUAACAUGUUGAUAUAUUCUUGGUUCUUGAUGUGUUCUUCACCUUGGUUAGUUUGUGAGGCCUCUGAGUGCAAAAAUUGUUGUAUUGUUUUCUGUCUAUUCAUUUUCACUUUGACCUGCAGCAUAUAAAAGAGAUAUGAAUAAAGUAAAUGUUUUGUUCGGAUAAUGUA